AUGCAUACGACCGAGAAGAUACCCAGCUUCCUAUCUCGCCGGAAACCCAGCAAUGAUUCAGAACACGUACCCCCACCACCCGAUGGAGGAGUCCAAGCCUGGACCCAAGUCGUCUGCAUGCACUUCGUAUUCUUCAACACCUGGGGGAUCACCACUAGCUUCUCCGUCUUUGAGCAAUUAUACACCAAAACCCUACCACAGUCAGCAUCCUCUAUCUCCUGGAUCGGCAGCGUCCAGGUAUCUCUCCUGUUCUUCCUGAGCGCCCUUGCCGGACGCGCAACAGACGCCGGCUUCUUCAGAGUCAUGUACCCACUCGGGGUCCUCCUCCAGCUCGUGGGAAUCUUCAUGCUCUCUCUGUGCAAGACCUACUGGGCAAAUCUUCCUCGCUCAGGCGUCAUGUCCGCCUACUUCAUGAAAAACCGAGCCUUUGCAGAGGGCUUGGCUGCGUCUGGUGCAGCAACAGGGGGUUUGAUAUACCCCGUACUCAUCAACCAAUUGCUCUAUAAUCACCAGAUAGGCUUCGCAUGGACAAUACGCGCAGCAGGACUUCUCAUGCUAAUUACCCAUAUCUUUGGCCUGGUUUUCUUCAGACCCCGUCUUCCACCCCGGACCACCGGCCCUCUCAUCGAACUCGGCGCAUUUACCGAGCCGCCUUUCGUCUUCUUCACCUUAUGCUACUUCUUCACCUUCUGGGGCCUGUACUUCGCCUGGUUCUAUCUUGGCACCUUUGCCCGAGACCGUCUCGGCAUCGCGGAUACACAGAACCUGCUCCUUGUGUUGAAUGGAGUCGGCAUCGUCGGACGUAUCGGGCCGAGUAUAAUUGGUGAUCGAUGGACGGGGCGAUUAAACAUCUUGAUCCCCAUCACUCUUUCAUGUGCGAUUCUGAUGUUUUGCUGGAUAGCCGUCAGUACUGUUGCAGGGCUGUAUGCGUUUGUUGUUGUGUAUGGGCUCGUGGGUGGCGCCGCGCAAUCGGUGAUCCCUGCGACGGCGACGACCAUGACGCCGGAUAUCAAUCGGACGGGUACAAGGCUGGGAAUGAUCAUGAGUAUUGUGGGAUUUGCUACGCUGACUGGACCGGCUAUUGAAGGGGCGUUGAUCGCUACUGACGGGGGGAGGUAUGUGGCGGCUCAGAUUUUUGCGGGUGUGAGUAUUCUGCUGGGCGUGUGUGCGGUUGCGGCGGCGCGGGUGGCUAAGGCUGGGUGGGGGUUGGAUGUGAAGGUGUGA